UGCAACGCUUUAAACCGAUGAUCAAUUUAAACCAAUGCAAAGCCUGUUGACGUUUUUAAGCACACAGUGUGUCACAUCGUGUAUGUUAAAAUACAUGUUUUGGGUCAAGAAAGUUAAAGAAAUGGACUAAUGGAAGAUUUAUUAUUAUUGGAAUUACUUGGUACUACAGGGAAGUGACUGAAGUACGCUUAGAAGUAUGUGAGAAGAGCCUCUCUGUCUCUCAAAAUUUAAUUUUAGUUUUGUUUGAGAGUUGUACUCUCGCAUUUCAUCUAGAAGUAUGAUGUAUCAAUUCCAAUUUCACUCUAGAAAAUCCAGGUUAAAAUAUCUGUACACACUACUUGGAUUAUGUAUAUUUUUUAUAGAUUUACAUGACACGUUAGCACAGACGAGCACAGAGAAAUUUAUCGAUAUUGACGGUUACAUAAAGUAUAAUGCAGUAAGUGACACAAGCAAUAAUUACUUACGAGGAGCCGAGGACGUUCUUGAAAUUCGGUUCCGAUACUGUAACGAUUAUGGAAUGCUGCUCUACCAGAAUGGCGGAAGUAGUGGUGGUGCACAGAACUAUUUUUUUGCCCUUGGUGUAAACGCACAAAAGAUUUAUCUGGAGUGGCGCGUUUCAAGCUCAUUGAUAGAGCUUUACAUUGGUGAAGGCAAUCUACAACCAAACACAAGCUAUAGUGUUAUAAUAUACAACCUUGGAACUCCGUUUGUUGGUAGUACAUUUGCGACAAUAAAUAACCAGCCUGUCACUGUAGACUUCCUUACCCCAGUCUCCCAGGGAGGACUUGACAUGUCACUACUAGCGGGAGAUCUGUUUGUUGGUGGCUAUGAAAGUGUCAACGAUCUCCGAGUGAAUACGGAGCGUUUGAAUGGCUAUUUAGUUUCUUGUGUGCAAUACAUAAGAACCAAUCAGAACACUUUAAAUUUAAAUCUAGCCAAUGAGCAGUAUGGUGUCAGAGAUGGCUGUCCUAGUAAGUUCUGUGCACCGCCGAGCGUUAUCACCGUGGAAUCAAGCUCCGGGUACCUCUCAGUUGAUCAUCCAUUGCCACCGGGAACAAGGACAAUUAUUGUGUUAAAAUUUCGAACAAGGGCAUCAACAGGUAUGCUAUUUUACUUUGGUGGGCCAGCUUAUCUCACAGUCUACAUGGAUAACGGUAGAUUGAUCCUUGGUCUUAAUACAAAAGGCGAAGGAGAGGGAGCAUUUUCUGAUCCAUCAUUCCUUACCUAUAAUGACGGCACUUAUUAUUCUAUACGUGUAACACGUGAAGGGGGUGUAGCCAGAAUGGAAAAUGACAUGGGGGUGGAGCUUGCUCGAGUACAAUACAUAUUAUUCGCUAGCCCGCUUCAAUGCCGCAACAUCAACGACUGUGCACCAAACCCAUGUCUCAAUGGAGCAACUUGUUUAGAUGGGAUUCAAGACUACACUUGCCAAUGUACAAUAGAGUUUAAUAAAGGAUCAGUAAAUCAGUCCAUUGUACUUGUACCAAAUAGUACUUCAAAAAUUAGCCAGCCUCCAGAGGCCGUAACCACCUUUAGCCCCGUAAGAUACCUCUUCAGUGUCUUAGACAAAUCAGUUGAACAGCCAUUAAACAUGAACCAUGUAACUAUUUUUUCAUUCAGUUUUAAACACGACUCAAAACUUCCUUCUUCUGUGUCUAGGUAA